UUCCACAUCACAUAGACACACAGACAGAUAUAGACAUAGACAUUGUAAGAGUCUCUCCGCCGCGGCUCUCCAGCUCCUUGGAUCGAAUUAAGAUAGAAUUGACAAUCGAAUCGAUCGGGCGCAGGAAGUAAGAAGAAAGAGAUCGAUAGAGAGAUAUGGCUGAUUGGGGGCCGGUGGUGAUUGCAGUGGUGCUGUUCGUGUUGCUGAGCCCGGGGCUCCUAUUGCAGGUGCCGGGUCGAAACCGGGUCGUGGAGUUCGGCAAUAUGCAGACAAGCGGUCUUUCCAUUCUGGUCCACACAAUUAUCUUUUUCGGUCUUCUCACUAUCUUUCUCAUUGCCAUUGGCGUCCACAUCUACACUGGCUAGCUACCUAUACUUGCCUCCUCCUUCCCUGUGCUUUUUUAAUUCUACUGUUCUGUAAUCUGUAAUCUAUAUUCUGUAUUCUGUAUUCUGGACUGUGCUUCUUCUUCUUCUUCAUUAAUUAAUUAAUUAAUUGAUUAAUUUGUACUAGUAUGUAAAGUAGUAAAUUGUUGGGA